CAAUUCCAGCCGCUAAUCGGCCAACGUCCUUCAAUCAACCCGAGUCGAUGUCGUAAAGACGCCCGCGAUCUGGGCGCGGUCCCAAGAUCCCGGCUCGCUGAGCUUCCACAUCUACCCCCCUCACAUCGUUCUUCCCGCUCUACGCCUCAAGCGCAGCUCACACUGCGUCCCCGCACAGACAAUGCGUGAGGGGCCCGUUUGUGGCUGUCUGCAAACAUUCAUCAUGCAGCAUGUCUGGGCACCGUAUGUGUGAACGGACCAGGCUUAGGCAUCCGAGAGGACCUGGAUGAUGCCCGCAAUGUAGCUGCAGGCGCAUACGGCCAACUGCUGGGCGGUGGUGAGGGGCAGGGGUGCAACGAGCAGCAUUUCAAAAGCUAUGCUUGCCUCGGUGGAGAGUAUUCCAGACACUUGACGCUGCGACUGUUGUCGAAUGCUUUCCACAUGAAUUACCCUACAACAUACUUACCUCGGCUCGGCCACCUUUCAUUCCUGGAGCUUGACCAGGAAGAACUGGACACCUCAAGCUUGCAAGCAAAGCUCAUUCAACCACCCACACGACAGUACCUGCUCUCGAGACGGAGACCAUGGGCCGCAGCAACAAGAGACGAGAUCGAUGCAGACAUGCUGCUGGCGGACCUCGGUCAGCUGGCCCCAUCGGCGGCUAAAGACUUCAUGCCCAAGGCACAUACCGAGGCCAGUUUUAUCUUCCGAUUGAUCAAUGACGUCGACUACCACGGCGAAGAGAAUGGAUAUGUAGCUAUCAGUUACUGCUGGAAGGGAAUCAAUCGAGACACCCCGAGGAAAGUUGUCGAAGAACUACCAUUCGCAUGGAGUAGGGAAAUCGAACAUUUCCCAUUGCCGACCAGUGGCGCCCUAUUCCAAGCCGUGCUAAAGGAGAAGAACCCGAGCGAAGGGCUGUGGUUCGACCAGGUCUGCAUCAACCGGGAUGAUGACGCAGAGAGGGCCGCCACUAUUGGUGCUAUCGAUAGGAUCUACAGCAACGCGAGAGUCGUUGUUGUGGCCUUGGACGACAUCGUGGCUUCGCCAGCAGAAGAACAAUUCUUACGAUAUUACCUGGAGCAGUACAGCUACUGCGACCUGCCUGCCGGCCAUCAGCCCAAUGUGCGCCAGAACCCACCUUUCAUGUACCACUAUCCUGUGUUCGUCUCCUUUGUUGAGCGUGUCCUUGGUUCAGAAUGGUUCGAGCGGGCCUGGUGCGCAUAUGAGAUGAGGCUGGGCCAGCAGCAUGUGUUUCUCUUGCGCUGUUCCUCUCAGUACGCAAGUGAGGUGCAGACAGUGAUGCGAUUUGCGACACCAUUCCUUCUUCAUAUGCUGGUCCUCGCGAGUGAGCUACCUACAUUCACGACUACACAACAAACGAAGAUGCGGAGGUUGCAGGACGCCCUUAUCGGACACACCAGCAUACAAGCGAAGGAUCUUGCUGUGCGAAGGCCUGAUACUCCACAGUCGCCAACAGCAGAACCUUCCCAACUCGUGCCGACCAUCGUAGAGGUUUUUCAGAUGAAAGCUGGCGGCAAUCCGCAGUUACCAGAGUAUCUGAGAAGGCUCGAUGCCAAUCGAGACAAAACAUGCAUCGCUCUGAGCGCGGGCAAGCUUCCGAUCACUCUGGCACCAGCCAACCCAUACCAACGGCCGAAUAUCGAGGACGAGUGUCUCCGCUCGCUACUCCUCGUUGGACUGGCUGCUCGAGACCCUGUCUGUCUGUGCACGACUGGCACACCACUGCAACUACACGAUGGCUCGGUGUCAUGGCUAUCGAGGCCUACAUCACUAGACACGCAUUUCACCCGCUCGAUACCUCGACGAUUCCCUCGAAGUUCGAAUCCGAUACGGCAGUCUUCUGACGGCAGAGCCGAGUACGCUGAGCUCGAUCUUGUCUUUUUAGAUCUACCACAUCGUUCCAACCCAAAUCCAUUGUUUCCAACACAUGUUGCACGAGCGCAAGUCUUCGUUCAACUCUGCAUUCAAUUUCACAUCCGUGGUCCAGGCAUGUGGGACUUCUGGCAAACUCCCGACCAUCCUCGGAGCGCUUCUAUGCGCAACGUCUUCAUCCAAAUACUCGCUUGCAUCUUCGACUGCGGCCCGCAAUGGCUACUCGAGCUGACCGCCAGCUCUAACUUUUCCCACAUAUCAACGCUCGAUCCCAAUACAAUCGACAUGCUUCUCAACCCCAAUCUGAUCAUUCAAAACUACAUCCUUCUUCCCGAAGGCCAAUCUGCGCUCUCCUCGCUCUUGGCUUGCAUAUCAGGCAUCCUCGUAUCCGGCAUAUCGUGGGCGAGCGGCGCGACGGAAUGUACCCAUGGCCCACUCAUCGUCUCCGCACCGGCGCCAUCGUAUCUAGCCGUCGACCCAUCCUAUGGCGGUAUGGCGAUCGUCUUUGCGCCAUUCGCGCACAGUAAAACACUGCUUGUUGCCGUUCCAGACGCGGUCAAGCCUGCCGAAUACGAAGGCCUGUCGCGAGCUUGGGUGUUGACGAGCAUGAACCCAUUUACUGGAAGUCCAAAGCAGAGCGUAAAUUGGACAUUGCAGAGCAAAGGAGUCGUGUUCGGAGACGGCAACUUCAAUGCCGCGUUGGCGAGGAGCGGAGAGACGAGGUGUCACCGGGUUUACGGGCCGUGUGUGCAGAUGGGAUCUCAAUAGGCAACCAAGCGUGGUGUUUGUUCAUUUCUAGAAGCAGACAAGAUAUUGGUAUCCUCAAAUUUGUCACGAUAGCAGAGUGUACAUAGCCAAAUUGUUCAAUGUUCGUCUUGGCCGUUAUUACC